AUGAGGAAAAAGCUGCUGAAAAAGAUUAUAUCCCAAGAAGACGGUACCGCCCAAAAACGUCUGGGUCAGAUUUUGGAAUUCCUGCUGAGCAGCGCUCGCAGAACUCUCGUCCACCUCUACAAAGCUGGGAAUGCUCAGUAUAGCCACAUCGACGCGGGAAUACUGCUUGUUGCGUUGGGCUUCAUGGGCAAAAGAUCAUUUUCUUUUGUGUCUGGCACAGAUUCUUCUCCUUCCGAGGGUGUCACGAAGUGUGUGCGAUACAAGUCUUCACCGCUGGCCAUACCAUCGAAUGGCUUGUAG